AAGAGAAAAGAAACGUCUGGCAUCGAUUGCUGCAUCCACCCAUUGAGACAGACCCUGCAUAGCUGUUCGCCAUGUUCGACACGGUGUGUAGUCUCCCGCUCUCCGCGGACCUGUUCGCGCAGGCCAUCCACCCAAAGGCGCCCGUCGUCUCUGUCGGGCUGGCCUCGGGCCACGUCCAGACCUUCCGCCUGCCGUCCGAAGAGGAGGCCAGUGACGACGACGGGGCGUCGACUUCGUCGUCGAGGAAUGGGACAGGCCACAUUGAUACCAUGUGGCGGACACGGCGGCACAAGGGCAGCUGUCGAACGCUGGCGUUUGGACUCGACGGCGAGACGCUGUAUUCUGCUGGUACGGACGGGUUGGUCAAAGCUGCAAAGGCGGAGACGGGCGUGGUUGAAAACAAGCUUGCCAUUCCAUUAGCCAAGAACGGAUCUAUCGACGCUCCUACAGUCAUCCAUGCACUUUCCCCGCAGACUCUCCUUCUCGCGACCGACUCGAGUGCUUUACACCUAUACGACCUGCGGACUCCCUUCUCCCGCGUGUCUGCCAAGCCGCAACAGACCCAUCACCCACAUGACGACUACGUCUCGUCGCUGACCCCUUUGCCGGCCUCGGACACCAGCACGUCCGGGUUCAGCAAGCAAUGGGUGACGACGGGAGGCACCACGCUAGCCGUGACGGAUCUCCGCCGCGGGGUGCUGGUCCGUAGCGAGGAUCAAGAGGAAGAGCUGAUCAGCUCGGCAUACAUUGGCGGGCUGCCGUCUAGCGGGACCAGCCGGGGCGAGAAGGUGGUGGUAGGCGGUGCGAACGGGGUGUUGACGCUUUGGGAAAGGGGGGCGUGGGAUGACCAGGACGAGCGGGUCUACGUGCACCGUGAGUCCGGUGGCGGCGAGACGCUGGAGACGCUGACGGCCGUACCCGACGAGCUCGGUAAGGGCAAGAUGGUGGCCGUCGGCCUCGGCAACGGAACGGUGAAGUUUGUGCGGAUCGGCGCCAACAAGCCCGUCUCCCAAGUCAUGCACGACGAAACCGAGGGGGUCAUUGGUCUCGGGUUUGAUGUCGAGGGCCGUAUGGUCAGCGGCGGCGGGCAGAUCGUCAAGGUCUGGCACGAGGCUGCCUCUGUGGGCGAGGGCGACGAGGACGAGGACGACGCUGCUGUUGGAGGCAAACACAUGUUGGGCAGCGACAGCGACGACGACAGCGAUGAGCAGGAUUCGGACGACAGUGACCGCGAGCGCCGGAGCUCGAAGAACCGCAAGAAGCGCAAGCGGAACAAGGGCAAGGACCGCAGCGGCGGCCAGCACGUCAUGGCCUUUCACGGCCUUGACUAGAUCCACGAAAAGUCGCAUGGCAUGGUGUUUGAUCUUGAUGUCUAAUAUCAAAUAAAUAUUCCAUAAAACAUGAACGUCCGCUUUAUCCCGUCUAGGAACCAACACCAGAUGAGAUACCGCCCAAAAUACAUCUACAUCUAGUAGUCUCC